GCCUCAUCCUCCUUCGACUCACGACGGCAAGAUGGCUUGCCGCACGGCGCAGGGCCCGUGCGGCAGGCGCACCCCGUGAUCGCAUGGAUGCGCUCGGCGGCCCUCAACACACCUCCCUCAUUCUUCAGCAUCAACAUGGGUUGCGGCAUCGCCUCCAUCCUCCUCCACCACUUCCCCUACCCCGCCGUCUGGCUCCGAUACCUCGGCACGAUCGUGUUCGUGCUCAAUGUCGUCGUCUUCGUUCUCCUCCUCCUUGCGACCAUCGCGCGCUACCUCUUCUUCACCGGUGUAUGGCGCGUCGUGGCAAAACACAACGUCGCCGGCCUCUUCUGGGGUACGUUCCCCAUGGGGUUCGUGACCAUCGUUACCAUGAUUUGCUACGUCUGUGUGCCGGCGUGGGGCGAGCGCUGGGCCUACAUCGCCCUCGGGUUCUGGUGGCUUGACAUUGUCAUCUCCGUCAUCGUUUCCCUGGGCAUGACAUUCAUCAUGUUCACGCGCCAGCGCCAGACGGAACAGACGCUCGCGCCGCAGUGGCUGCUCCCGAUCGUGUCGUGCGUUGUCGCGGCGGCAUCUGGCGCCGUCGUCGCCCAAGCUCUUAUGCCCUUCAACCCGAAUCUGGCGCGUGGCACCCUCGUCGCCUCCUACUGCGUGUGGGGCCUCGGCCUCCCGCUCGCCAUGAUGGUGAUCGCCCUCCUUAUCUUCCGCUUCGCGACGGGCGGCGCGCCACGCGGCCAGAGCCUCGCUGCCGUGUUCCUCCCCGUCGGGCCAUGCGGGCAGGGCUCGUUCGGCAUCGCGAUGAUGGGCAUUGUCGCGCGCCACCUCGCAUACAGCUACGACGUCUCCAUCGUCCCCGGCCUCAGAGGCGAAGACGCACGAUACCUUGCCAGCGCAAUGUACGCCGGCGGCCUCGUCACGGCGCUCGUGCUCUGGGGUCUCGCUAUGGCAUGGUACACUAUCGGCAUGGCGAUGUUCAUCGACGGCGUGCGCCGCGACCCCAAACUCCUCGGCCUCGGCAACUUCACCGUCAGCUUGUGGGCGCUCACAUUCCCAAUCGGCACUUUCGCGACGUCAUCCAUCACCCUGGGGCAGGAGCUGCAGUCGACAGCGUUCAAGGUCAUCGGCGCGUUCCUCGCAACCCAGGUCAUCCUCCACUGGCUUUACGUCUCCGUGUUCACGACGUGGAAGGUUGUUCAAGGGACAUUGUUCGCUGCGCCGGAGCUGAGCGAUGCCAGCCCACGCCCGCGGUUUGGCUGGGGCGAGCGUGUGGCUCGCGACAUCGAGGCGGGGUAUGGCGAGCCGGAGGCGGCGACGAGCGACGAGAGUAUGACUCUCGGGCGAGCGGCGCCUAGGCCAGAGCAGGACAAGGCAGGCGAGUAGAUAGAACAUAGAAUAUCAUGUAUUAUCUUGUAUCUCACCAGUCGCGAGUCGGCUUUGCUGACUCCGACACUGCCAACUUCAGCCCAAUCGGCAAGCAGAUUAGUC